AUGAUAUUUCUGACAUUUCCUGAAGUAGCGACUGUGAACGAAACAAACGCAAGUCGUACCAAAUAUUUUAUUUAAAUACCAUAAUUUCAUUUUGUAACAAUGAAUUUAUUAUUUAGAAGAAGUUUUGUCCCUAUAAACAAAGCUUUUCAGCUAUCAUAUAGAUCGUUUGCAGAGGCUGGUAUAAAAGAGAAGAUUGAUAGCAUUGUGAAGAAUAAUAAAGUGGUAGUGUUUAUGAAAGGUGUUCCAGAUGCGCCUCGGUGUGGAUUCAGUAAUGCAGUAGUACAGAUAAUGAGGAUGCAUGCGGUGCCCUACGAUAGCCACGACGUACUCGCCGAUGAAAAUCUUAGACAAGGUAUUAAAGAUUACUCAAACUGGCCUACAAUCCCUCAAGUGUUCAUCAAUGGAGAGUUUGUUGGAGGAUGUGACAUUAUGCUUCAGAUGCACCAGUCUGGUGAACUUAUAGAGGAACUUAAAAAGGUUGGAAUCAAAAGUGCUCUCCUUACAGCUGAAGAGGCAAAAAAAGAAGAACAGAAAUAACUGAAUUCUAGAUUUUAAAUAUGAUAAAGAUUUUUUUUUGUAAAAUAUAUCUUGCUGCAAAACUUUUAUGUAGCUCUUUUGCAUAAAUAUUAAGGACUCCUUUUAUGAUUUACAUAUUAUGUAUGUAUGGACAGUAUUUAAAAGCAGAUAUCUCAUUAUGUAAUAUAUGUGUACUAGAUUCUCAUGUGUAUUUGAAAUUGUAUAAAUGUUUAUAAUAUGUUAUAAUUAUAUAUUAGUUUUGUUAUGUUGGGGACAUUGUUGGUUAGUAACUUAGAGUAGCUUACCAAAAUAAAAGAAUUUCUGUUUAA